AUGAAACCUUCAGAAAAUUCUUCCAAAACCGGCCCUGAAAAUGGCUCAAGAACUCUUAAAUCAUCUGCUACAAUGCCAAACCCUUCAACGCUACCCGUUUCGAUUCCCAAUGAUAACGGUAGUGCGGCCCAACUGCGUGCCAAACGCCGCUCACGUUCACGAUCGCUGACUCGUGAUAUGACUAUGGACAUUGAAAACCCUCCACGAGCAUUCUCACAUCUAUCUUCUUAUCGGAACCCAAGUGAUAUGCAUUCGUUGGAAUUCCCUGAAGUUGAAGAAGAAGCCGCAGAUUGCGAGGACGACGAUAGCUUGGAAGUGACUGGAGAUAUGAGCAAAGGAAAAACUGGAACAGGAACAGGAACAGGGACAGGAGAACCAAUUGGAGCCAUCCACAGUCAUGAACUCAAUCAUUUCUUUAGCGACGAGGACGAUGACGAAGAUGACGAAGCAGAGUUUGGGACUGGUGCACAAUCGCGAGCUUCAACGACUCACUACUCGCUUGCAGAUGAGAUUAAUAUGCAAGAAUUAGCGGCUAAAUGCCAGGUGCUGAGCACCCAUAACUCCAUGGCAUCGUUUUCAGAUGUUGCUAAAACACCGGGCAGUGAUAGCGAGACGGACAUUCCAUCAAAAAAGUUGUUGCGUCGCAAAAGUUCGUUUAUUAAGCCAGAAUUGGCACGCCCUCCUCCUCCUCCUGUCAUUCCAGAAGAAGAGAUUGAACAUGAAGCUCCGGAGCCCCAUAGUCCGUUAUACGAAAAGGCACGAACUUUCUCUAUGGCUGAAGGUUCAGCGGCUACCACAACCACACCAACGCCAUCUGUUCCACCUACCCCUAAGCCACACCCAGUGGGCCGCAUUCCUGGGUAUAACCGAUUCGAGAAGCAAUCGAAUGAAGGUAAUUUUGUGCACGAUGGAGAAGUGGAAGACCCGUCCAUUGUGGCAGAGCUACGCAACAUGUAUUCUAAAGUGCGCAUUUGUCUUAAAAAGAGACGAAUGUUUCAGACACUUUCGCUUCAAGCUGAAGAAGAUAACCCUAAGAAUCAGAAUAGCUGGAAAGUAUAUCCACCACCUCCACCACCAUCUUGGGAAGCUCGGAAGCCAGUUAAUCCCGAUGACUCUGUGGGUGACGACUUUGAUUUCAGCUCUUGCGAAAUUCCCGGACCUGCUGAGGACCUUUUGUUUAAGGAAGAUGACUCGAGUGUUUUCCAAGUAUACUCAAGCGUUGCCAUGAUGGAGAAAAAUGAGCCUAUUAUUGCUGUUCCCACUUUAAGAGACUAUUACAUUGACUUGGAUGAGAUUAUUGGAAUUAGUUCUGAAGGUCCAGCCAAGUCGUUUGCCUUCCGUCGGCUGCAAUACCUUGAAGCCAAGUGGAACUUAUAUUCUUUGCUAAAUGAGUAUCAUGAGACAGCAGACUCGAAGCGCAACCCGCAUCGUGAUUUUUACAAUGUGCGUAAGGUCGACACGCACGUUCACCACUCUGCGUGCAUGAAUCAAAAGCACUUGUUGCGGUUUAUUAAGUACAAGAUGAAGAAAAACCCCGAUGAAAUUGUGAUUUUCCGUGAUGGUCGGGAGUUGACAUUAAGCGAAGUUUUUGAGAGUUUGAAUUUGACUGCAUAUGACUUAUCAAUUGACACGUUAGACAUGCAUGCACACAAAGAUACCUUCCAUCGGUUUGACAAAUUCAAUCUCAAAUAUAAUCCCAUUGGCGAGUCGCGUUUGCGUGAGAUUUUCCUCAAGACAGAUAACUACAUUCAGGGACGUUAUCUUGCAGAAUUGACCAAGGAAGUGUUGGAAGACUUGGAACAGAGCAAGUACCAAAUGAUGGAGUAUCGUAUUUCUAUUUACGGGCGCCAUCCGGGAGAAUGGGAUAAACUUGCAGCUUGGGUUAUCGACAAUAAGCUGUUCUCGCACAAUGUGCGAUGGCUGAUUCAGGUUCCUAGACUUUAUGAUGUGUACAAGAUGGGUGGGAUUGUUGAGUCGUUUGCAGAAGUUGUGCGUAACAUUUUUGAGCCACUGUUUGAGGUUACCCGGGAUCCAUCAUCUCAUCCAAAGCUGCAUGUAUUUUUGCAGCGUGUUGUUGGCUUUGACUCUGUUGAUGACGAGAGCAAAGUUGAUCGAAGAAUCCACCGCAAGUUCCCAAUUCCGCGGCUGUGGGACUCUAGCCAGAACCCACCAUACUCCUACUACUUGUAUUAUUUGUUUGCUAAUAUGACAUCGCUCAACCACAUGCGCCAGCGACGUGGAUUCAAUACAUUUGUGUUGCGACCCCAUUGUGGUGAAGCUGGUGAUCCGGAGCAUCUUGUUGCUGCAUUUUUGACAUCACAAGCCAUCAACCACGGGAUUUUGCUGCGCAAAGUUCCGUUCAUUCAGUAUCUGUUUUACUUGGACCAGAUUGGCAUUGCCAUGUCACCACUGAGCAACAAUGCUUUGUUUUUGACUUACGAUAAGAACCCAUUCUAUUCGUACUUUAAGCGUGGCUUGAACGUGUCGUUAUCGACAGACGACCCGUUACAGUUUGCGUAUACACGAGAGCCACUUAUUGAAGAGUAUUCAAUUGCAGCGCAGAUUUAUAAAUUGUCGAAUGUGGACAUGUGCGAGCUUGCGCGAAACAGUGUGUUACAGUCUGGUUACGAGAGUGAGAUUAAGCGUCAUUGGUUGGGCGAACGGUAUGAUUUAUCUGGACCUGAUGGGAACGAGAUUGAGAAGACAAAUGUGCCGAAUAUUCGGUUGUCAUUCCGGUAUGAGACGUUCCAGCACGAGUUUGAGUUGAUGGAUCAUUAUUGCGGGGUGGAGUAA